CACUAAAUAGUUAUACUGGGCUCGUCUCGCCGUCGCUGCCGAGGCGAGAGCUCCGUGGAAGUUUGCAGGCAAUGGAGGGAGAGGCUUCAGCGCCGCCGCCGCCGCCCGAUGCGGCGAGGGAGGAUGAGAGCACCUGCCGCGAUGCAUUCGUCGAGUUCAUGACUAAGGUGGCUCGGUUCGAGGAGCUAGCUGAAUCUGGGAAUCGAUUUCUCGUGAGAUUCAGUCAGGAACUUGAUUAUUUUCGGAGGCCGCAGAUUCCUACCGAAUCAGAUGUCAUGAAUCAGAUACUUAAAUCUAACUGCACUGGCAGAAUGAGGUCCUAUCUUGAAGCUGGUUGCAGGCUUCACUGCCAAGAUAUCUCAAACAUAAAUCAGUUACGUUCAUGCGAAGAUGGACUUAAAGAUCAUAUAAACAAAGUUAAGGCUUUGCUUGAAGAGCUUGAAUGUCUAGUUGAGGAUGUCCAUGAAAUCACACUAACAGCCAGUUUAAGUGCUCUAAAAGUUUCAGACAGUCAUAGCAUCGACAGCAAGCUGACUACUGAAUCUUGCAUGAUGGAGGGUGUUUCUGCACUACAGGAGGAGGAUAAAAGUGUAGAUGAAUUGGACAGCGAUGUAUCAUAUGUUACAGUGAUGGUCAUCAUUCGCAACAUGUUGAAGCUUGACUAUAUGAUGCAGCAAAGGAUUGUCAGUGCUUUAUCCAUUAAAACACCCUCAUUAGAACUCCAGAGCUAUUGCCUCAUGUGGAAUUUGCGCCCAUACAUCGACGACAAUGUGAUGCAUCUUGCAUGGAAAAUGUGCCCAUGAAACUUAGCCAUUCACAGUGGGCAAGGGGAUGGAACAAGCAGCAAGUUAUCUUUGCUAAGGAAGACUCAUGCCGCUGUUUGAGUAACUGAACGAGAUGGAUGCCUCCCCAACCAGUUAAUGUCCAUUCUCAACAGGAUGUAUGUGGGAUUGUAGAUGGAUACUGUAGAAAUUUGUGUCCUCUUGAUUGUGCUACGGAGAAACCAUAAUUUGUCAAACUGAUGUCUGUUGUCAUCAUUGGAGUGUUGUGAUUUCCGAAUGAACCCCUUUGCGUUUUUGCAGAGAAAGACCCCCAAACUAUUUUUGUCUGACAGUGCUGCUUUCUCUCUCUCUUCUUCCCUGCCCUUUUCUUCUCGGAAGGGAGUUGAAAUGUAGUCCUACUCGCUUCUUCUGCAGCUUGAUCCAACUCUGCCACUAUCUCUAAUCUAUCCAGUAAUCGCGAGAUCGAGGCGGCGAAGUCGUCGCGCGGAACCUCUUUCCUGUUCGGGGCAGCACUGUACUAGCAGAGGAAGCUGGAAUUGUAACCCAACCCGCCGGCAAUCGCCGGCGGCGGCGUGCGAAGUUGCGAUGGAGAGCCCCAAGUCGGCGGCGUCGCGUCCUGACUUCUACGACUUCCUCGACCGCAUGCGCCGCCAGCCGCCGCCGAUCUCUUUCGUUCGAUCAAGAGCUUCCUCGUGUCCUUUUUCGACGAGCCCAACACCGAGGAGGACGGCAGCAAGGUGCAGGCCUUCUCAGUCUCACUGAGAUGGAGGGCGCCAUCAGGGACCACCCGCUCUAGGCCAACGCCACUAACCAGGAAAUCGACCACGCGCUCGAGGGCCUUGAGAAGUACAUCAUGACAAAAUUGUUCAAUCACACUUUCGGGGCCUCAUCAGAGGAUGCCAUUAUCGACAUGGAGAUAUCAGAGAAGAUUAGUCUACUGCAGCAGUUUGUUAAGCCUCAUCACUUGGAUAUACCUAAGGUUCUGCAUAAUGAGGCCUCGUGGCUGGUAAUUCAUUCUGACCUUUAGACAUUCACCACACUAUUUCAGUCCCUGGUAGUUGGCGUGGAGGAUACUAUCCGCUGGAAAUGGACCACAGAUGCCACCUAUUCAGCUAGGUCCGCCUAUCAGGCUUUCUUCCAUGGGAGAAUUCAGUUCAAGGGAGCAACACCGAUCAGGAAGGCUUGGGCGCCCAUGAAAGUUAAAUUUUUUACUUGGCUGGCAGUCAAAGGUCGUAUUUGGACAGCGGACCGCAGGCAUCGUCGUGGGCUAACUACGGAUACAGACUGCCGUUUGUGUGACCAAGAAGUCGAGACUGCCGAUCAUCUCCUCUGCACCUGCAGUUUCACCAAGCAGGUUUGGCACUCCCUGUUCACUGCGCUCGGUUACCAAAACCCUCCGCCUGUUGCAGAUUGCUUCCUGGAGUGGUGGCUUACCUUGCGCCAAGACUUGUCCAACGAACAAAAGAAGGGACUAGAUACAGCUGUGAUGCGUCUCUUGGAUGGUGUGGAAAGAGCGGAAUGCCAGGGUGUUUAACUACACCGAGCAGACCCCAAAUCGUUUGUUGUCUGACAUCAUCGCCGAGGGAAGCAAUUGGAUUCAGGCCGGUGCGAUGAAACUUGCUGCGAUCGGCUGGCCUCAGCGGUUGCCUUUAGGGGGAGCGUCACCUCUAGUUAGCUAGUUGCCUCGUUUCUGUCGGGUGUUUCGGUUGUUUCUUAGGGCCGUAUAGUCCUUUAAAGUUCGGUUGAAGUGUGUGUGCGCCCCUUUUUGGCCCGCGUUGUAAGCUUUUAACAAUCUUUUUCUUCUUAAUGCAAUGAUACGCAGCUCUCCUGCGUAUUCUCGAAAAAAAAAA